UUUCCAGGUGACGCUCGGCGCAAAAGACGCCGCAGAACUGCUUUUACAGACCAUCAACUUAAUCGUUUAGAGCAGUCGUUUGAACAAGAAAGAUUCCCAGGAAUCCAGAUUAGGGAAGAACUUUCGCAGGAGCUUAACAUCGGAGAAGACAGAAUCCAGGUAAGAUGUUUGUGCACAAAUACAUGAAUUUCAACUGAGUAAUACACACAACCGUUACUGGUCGUUUCGAUACAAGUUUAUUCAGCCGAGGUGUAAACAGUUUCACGUCCUUGGCUUAAAGGACGAAGAAUAUUUAUCCAAAAUGUGUUUGGUGUUCACGCGAAAACUAUACUUGAAGAGAACAAAAUUUUUGUGCGAUUUCACUGCUUGAGUUUGUACCGAAACGACCGAAUGAGAAUGCUUAUUGAUACAAAAAAACGUUGGUAGGGUUUUCAAGAUGUCAUUUCUCAUUUCCUUUGCUCUACAAAAAUCUCCGUUGAUUAUUAUUCUCUUAUAAUCAUGUAACUAACAAAGGAAAUCGUCACAAAUACCAGUCUGGGAUUAGCUAUAAUAAUUGAAAUUUUUAAAUAAAAUGUUAGAGUGUAACCAUUCAAAUGGAAUUAACCACUUGGUUUGAUAUUUUGCACAUUGGGAAGUCAAGUGUUGAACUAACUACUAACUUUUAGCAGAGGUUAGGUGUUUAUUUUUGGUAAAGUGACUUAGCAGUGUAAUGCUUUUCCUGACGUUUUAUUUUCACUUCUAGGUCUGGUUCCAGAAUCGCCGUUCAAGGUGGCGCAAAAGCUUAAAAAAUCAACCUGCCAAGGACCUUAGAAGUGAAGUCAGUAUCCCACACAUGUUCCACCCGUCGCUUGCCAGUUUCCAGCCGUCCCUGCACCCGGCGCCCUUCAGAUCAAGUGAGCCAUUUUUCCCGCCGUUUACAAGCAGCCCUUCCUUCUUAUCCUUCUAUGACAAUAUGACGCCCGUCGCUUCUCAAGGUUCAAAAACUGUCAGCGUAUUACUUGGUCCGCGUGUAUCAGCUUCAGUGAGCCCGCCGUUCAGCUGCAGUGCUUCGCCCUCGUUCAGCUACGAAGAACAGUUCCAAGCACCUUGCGUCAAGUCUCGCUACUCGGCCGACGACUUUUUAGCUGCAGUUACUUUAGCCAGUGGCUUUCAGCGCGAAAAUUAG